AUGGCGGUUAAUACAAAUUCAGCAAACUUCAAUUCAAUCAAAUCAAAGUAUGAUGCAUUAGUGGAUGAAAAGAAUAAAAUCGAAAAAAGAAUAUCCGAAUUAAGUGAAAUACUGCAUCAGAACGGCAAUGUUGGGCUGGAUACCCCAUUAAUUGAUGACGAAGGUUACCCACGCUCCGACAUUGAUGUGGCUCUCAUACGAAUAACACGAAAUAAUAUCCGUUGUUUAAAUACAGAUCAUAAAGAAAUAAUGCUUGAAUUGGAAACUCUGUUACACGAAAUACAUGAAUAUGCCCGUCAAAAUCCUUCGAAAAAUAUUUUAAAUGAUAGACAAAUUUAUUCCAGUGAAAAUAAACAAACUGAAGAUCAAUCGUCACAGAUUGCGAAGAAAUGUUUCCUUAAAAUUGAUCAGAUAUCAUCGGAUUCAAUAGCCGAACAAGCGGGUUUAAAAGUUGGGGAUCGAAUAGUACAGUUUGGUUCAGUAUGUGCUGAAAAUUUCACUUCAUUACAAGAUAUAUCUACUGUCUUUAGAAAUACAUCUCCUGGUAACUGUAUUCACAUGUCCAUUGUUCGAGGGGACGACAUAAACAAUGUACUUUCUAUUUCGUUGUUGAAACCAACUGGAACUGUCAGUCUAGGAAUGCACAUUGUUCCUGUGUGAUGCUGUUCUUAUUGAUUGUAAUGAAGAUGAUUUGAUUUAUACUUACUAGUAUAUGUAUUUUUUUUUUGAUGAACAUGAGUUCUUUCUUAAUAUGUUACCUAAAUCUAUUUAACUGUCUAAUUUGAAUCCUUUUGAACAUUGGUUAAUCAAAGCAAUCGUAUUCACAAUAACUGCAUACUUUUAGUUU